AUGAUCGAUCGGGCACUUGAGAAAGAGUUUCCUGAUAAUGACCAGAACGAAGGUUCCUCUCUCACUAGAUCUUCAUUGUUCUGCAUUUCUUCAAUUUCUUACGUUCCCUGUGGAGCUAGGGCUGUUCUAGAGACUGUUGCUCGAGUUAAGCCUAAGAAAAAUGAAACCAAGACCAAGGAGGAGAAAUCGUUCUUCAAUUUGGAUAAUGAGAAUGGCGUAGAAGAUACUCCGAGACUGAUAGAUAGGAAGUAUCUAACUUACUGUUUUUUGUUGGGGGCAUCUCUCUUAAAACGGUACAUUUGUAGGUUGAUAUCAGAUUUGGUCGUCGUCAUUGUUUCUGCUACUUGUGGUGGAAUUGCCUUUGCAUGUGCUGGUCAACCGGUCAUUACUGGGUAUCUAUUGGCUGGAUCUAUCAUUGGACCGGGCGGGUUAAGCUUUGUUAGUGAAAUGGUGCAGGUUGAAACAGUAGCUCAGUUUGGUGUUAUCUUUCUCCUUUUUGCUUUAGGAUUAGAAUUUUCUGCAGCGAAGGUUUUGCAUGUUUCCACUCUCUUAUAUUUGUCUGGUUUCUUUGUUCGAACCGAUUGA